GUUGAAGAAGAUAAUGUACACGUAGAGAAGCAAUUUACCUGAAGAACGAUGAUGCAGGAGGCGGCAUGGUCAGUACAUGUGAUGUUGGGAACGCUGGCGCUCUUCAUCUCCUUCUGUCCUCGAUGCUCCUCAGACUUCCAAGGAAGGUCUGCAAACCCUCAUCGAACAAGGCAGGCUGCAAUCUCCGCCGAUGCAAACGACCAAGACGAGCGCCACUGGACCACCGGCACUCCUGGCUAAAGGAGGGUUCGAGCCGGGGCCCUCCUUCACCCGAAGGAUCAAGACGGACGCAAGUCGAGCGGUCUCUCGACGGAGAGAGCCAAUAAAACCCCACCCCGAAAGAGGUGCCAAAUGGGUCCUAGAGUGGAAACUGCGAAUGUUGGCUGGAAUACCAUGUGCUUCAUCACCGGAGGCGAGAACAGAGAAGAAGGGUGUGUGUGAGAUGUUGAUACUCACAAUUAAGGCGUUGUUGAGAACAGGAUGACUGAGCGGAGAGCUUUAUGAUUGGCAGAGA